GGGGCCUGCUGGGUCGCGCGGUGCAUGGUGGGGUGGCGGCGCUGGCGCUGGUGCUGGUGGCGGUGACAAGGGCGGCGCAGCGAUGUGGUACGAGAUCCUGCCCUUCGCUGGCAUGACGUGGCUGUGCCUGGUGGUGCCCGGCAUCUCACUCACCUACUUCUACCGCUACUCCAACGGCGGCAAGGAGAAGCGGGCGGCGCGGAACCACUUCCAGUGGACGCUGAUGGAGCGGGACCGCUUCGUGUCGGGCGUGAACAUAUACCACCGCAGCAAGGGCUUGGAGAACAUCGACUAAGAAGUGAGCUUCUUGACAGAAAAACCGUAAAAAGCAGUAUCGUUCUAAUAAACACGCAUGUCUACGUGA